ACAGCGAUGGGCAACACGGUGCACCGGACCCUGCCAGACUCCAGCCCUCCUGCCCGCCUACUGGCCACCCGCCCUUGCUACGGCCCUGGGCCCGAGAGGCGUGCUGUCCUGGGUGAGGCACCACGCUUCCACGCACAGGCCAAGGGCAAGAACGUGCGGCUGGACGGCCACUCUCGCAGGGCCACACGGCGCAACAGCUUCUGCAACGGCGUCACCUUCACGCAGCGGCCCAUCCGCCUGUAUGAGCAGGUACGGCUGCGCCUGGUUGCCGUGCGUCCUGGCUGGAGCGGUGCCCUGCGCUUCGGGUUCACUGCGCACGACCCGUCUCUCAUGAGCGCGCAGGACAUCCCCAAGUACGCCUGCCCGGAUCUGGUCACAAGGCCUGGAUACUGGGCCAAGGCGCUGCCUGAGAACUUGGCACUUCGGGACACGGUGUUGGCAUACUGGGCUGAUCGCCAUGGCCGCGUCUUCUACAGCGUCAACGAUGGUGAGCCGGUGCUGUUCCACUGUGGCGUGGCCGUGGGAGGCCCACUCUGGGCACUUAUCGACGUCUACGGCAUCACCGACGAGGUGCAGCUGCUGGGUACCCUGCAGUCCAGCCCUGAGACCACAACCCCAUCGGGGUCCUUCAGCGGCUCCCAGGAUGACAGUGAUUCAGACAUGACCUUCGGUGUCAACCAGUCUUCCUCAGCAUCAGAGUCGUCUCUGGUGACUGCCCCUAGCUCCCCGCUGAGCCCCCCAGUGUCCCCGGUCUUCUCAGCACCUGAACCAGCGGGCAGCAGGAAUGGAGAGUGUACAGUGUGCUUCGACAGCGAGGUGGACACGGUCAUCUAUACGUGUGGACACAUGUGCCUCUGCCACAGCUGCGGCCUGCGGCUCCGAAGGCAGGCACGGGCCUGCUGCCCCAUCUGCCGGCGGCCCAUCAAGGAUGUCAUCAAGAUCUACAGGCCGUAGCGCUGCCGCUGGCUCGGCCAAGGCAAGGUCACCUUUCUGAAGCCCCUGUCAGGUGGGCGACACCACGGCUACCAGGGAGCCCAAAGUCAGAAGCCAUCUCUCAUCUGCCACUCGGCAGUGAUGAGCAAGGCAGGACAGGUGUGGUGAUGAGGCCCUGGGGGCCAGAGCCCAGGCAAGCAUUGCUUCUGGCUCAGACACACGCUGCCCCCAAAAGCCUGUCCCAAGAUUCAGCUCAGGAACUGCCUGGCAGAUCACCUGCCUCUUGGUGACCUUCCGCUGGGAAAGGGUGCCCUCUGUCUGUGCAAUGCUUCUUCGGGGUUGGGUUGAGUGUGUGUGUCGGGGUGGGGGGGGAGACAGCACAGGGAAUGGGUGAGAGCGAUCGGGUGAGGGCGUGUGUGCGGAUGUACUGUGCGGGGAUCUGUCGUCUCCCGGAGGGUAUUUAACACUAAGGAAUGUGCAAUCCGGGCCCAAAUGUUAAUGUGAUGGUUGUCCACUUUCUGGGGGUGUUGUUUUUCUGUAACGAGCUAGCUUUGAACACAUGAGGCCUGAACCGACCUACACAGGACUCCUUUGACGGUAUAGAAAGAGGCGCUCACCUUUC